ACCUCUCUCUCUCUUCAUCACUCCCUCUUUCUCUAUCUUCGUGGUCAGACUCUCCCCUUCCUUCUCUCCAAUGGCUUCAAACUGCGCUGUUACCGGCUCCGGUCUCAUCGUCUCCUUCGGGGAGAUGUUGAUCGACUUCGUUCCGACAGUCUCCGGCGUCUCCCUCGCCGAGGCUCCCGGCUUCCUCAAGGCUCCCGGUGGCGCCCCCGCCAACGUCGCGAUCGCCGUGGCUCGCCUCGGAGGCAAGGCAGCCUUCGUCGGCAAGCUCGGCGACGACGAGUUCGGCCACAUGCUGGCCGGGAUCUUGAAGGAGAAUGGCGUCAGUGGCGAUGGCAUCAACUUUGACCAAGGUGCCAGGACCGCUCUCGCUUUCGUUACUCUACGCGCCGAUGGCGAGCGUGAGUUUAUGUUUUAUAGGAAUCCCAGUGCUGACAUGCUGUUGAGGCCGGACGAGUUGAAUCUGGAGCUCAUCAAAUCCGCUAAGGUCUUCCAUUAUGGAUCAAUAAGCUUGAUUGUGGAGCCAUGUAGAUCGGCUCACCUAAAGGCGAUGGAGGUUGCCAAGGAUGCAGGAGCCCUCCUCUCCUACGACCCAAACCUCCGGCUGCCAUUGUGGCCGUCCCCUGAAGAGGCGCGUGAACAGAUUUUGAGCAUUUGGGACAAGGCUGAGGUGAUCAAGGUCAGUGAUGUAGAGUUGGAGUUCCUCACCGGCAGCAACAAGAUUGAUGAUGAAUCUGCCUUGUCACUAUGGCACCCUAACUUGAAGCUCCUCUUGGUCACUCUUGGUGAACAUGGUUGUAGGUACUAUACUAAGGCUUUCAAAGGAUCAGUGGAAGCUUUCCAUGUCAACACUGUAGAUACAACCGGUGCAGGUGAUUCAUAUAUCGGCGCUUUACUAUGCAAGAUUGUCGAUGAUCAAUCUGUUCUCGAGGAUGAAGCAAGGUUGAGAGAAGUACUUAAAUUUGCCAAUGCAUGUGGAGCCAUAACAACUACCAAAAAGGGAGCAAUUCCAGCUCUUCCCACAGAGGCUGAUGUGCUCAGCUUAAUCAAAGGGGCAUAGACAAAAAUUUUAAUUCUUCAUUUUUAUUUUUAUUUUUAUUUUUGUCUUGUUGUUUGCUCUGGAUUUCAAUGAAAGAGGGCAUUCAAAUUUUCUCACCCUCUUUGCUUUCAUUUUUUUGGGUCUUUGUCCAUGCAUGUAAUGAUGAAAAGACUUGAGCUCUCAGGCUUUAGUUAAUUAAAAAUAAAAUUUUGCCAUUUUAGUCAAUCA